GUACAAAAGUAUCGCGGAUGGAUGAGAAAGGGGCAGGAACUAGACACAGGUAACGUCGAGGCGAGCAGGAUGACGAAAAUAUAUCGAUGAAAAACUUCAAAACAGUGCCGAAAAGGUUUCCCACAUUCCUCAGUCACAAGUCUGCAGACUGCUUGGCAACAUUUGGUUUGCAAUAAACUAGAAAUACUCCGACAAUUGUGACUACAGCUUGCAACACAUAUCAACUGUUUAGAAAUCUGAAUAAGCAAAAUGAGUGAGAAGCAGCCUGCCAAUGGAGAGGAGCAGCCUGGCAGUGGAGAGAAGCAGCCUGCCAAUGGAGAGAAGUCCAAAAAAACCUCGGGAAAGAAGCGGCCCAGGGAGAAAGUCAAGUGUGCCUUGUGUGACUUCACCUCCUUCCCGGGUUAUGCGAUGAAGCGCCACAUGCGCAUCCACACUGGGGAGAAGCCGUUCAUGUGUGCCAUGUGUGACCAGAGCUUCACCCAGAAGAGCAGCCUGAAGGAGCAUCUGUGGAAGCACUCGGUCCUGCACUCGAGACACAAAUGUCCCCACUGCGAUGCCCUCUUCAACCUGCUGGCAGACGUCCAGAGCCACACCAUCUACAUGCACAGCAAGGUCAUUGAGAAUCUGGCCUGCUCCUUCUGCGAGGCUGUCUUCGAUGACCGCUACAGCCUGCUGCAGCAUGAGAAGACCCACGAUGACAUGUACCGCUACCAGUGCCUGGAGUGCGCCUUCUCGUCUAAGUUCAAGGACAAGCUUAUCAUCCACAUGAGUGUGCACAACAAGCACACUCCACUCAGAUGCAACGCCUGCAAGAACACCUACAAAGGCAAGGCCGGCCUCCUCAGUCACCUCUUCCAGAUGCAUGGCAUCAAUAUGUUCGGAGACUUAUCGGACGAACGUGCGGCAGCAGCAGCUAAUGCCGCCCCGAAGAAGCUGACCAAUCAACAAGAGCUUGAAGAGCAGUACCAAAUUGUGGACGAGCAUGGCAACACCUUGGAGCUGACAGAAGCUGAUGCAGAGGCCAUCCGCAAUGCCAUGCAACGCAGCUCGGGAGAUGAGACACUGCAGAUUAUCCAGAAUGAGGAAGGUACCAUGACCGUCACCGUUGUCACAGUUGCACCCAAUAUGGAUGAAACCUUACAAGACAUCUCACAGAAUAUUGAGCUUAGCGUGUCUGGAGAAGGCAUGGAUGAGGGCACAGUAUCACAGGAGGCAGAUAUGGAGGUUGAAACGUCAACAAAUCAGGCGUAGGAAAACAUAAGGCCAAGCCAAAAAAACACCAGUUGAUCGUCCCUGCCCACAUUGUUCUUUGAAGCCACAUCCUCUCUAUUUUACCCUAAAUAUACCCUAUAUUUUAUCCUAAUAUUUUACCCAUUGUGUGUUAAAAAGGUGAUUGAGCUUUUCGAUCCACCAAACACGAAAACAAAAUUGUUUACAUGUAUUCGAUAUUACAUGUAUCAACCACUGAGACAAUAAUUACCUGAGUGGUGAUCAUUGUUAGUUUUGUUUCAGUACAAUAGAACAUGUGUGGCUUAUUGGUAGAAUACAUGAUAAAAAGCUGGCAGUCAUUUUGAACUGAAAAGUUGUCGGCCAUUUUUAAUAUCAAAUCUACCGGCAGUCCUCUUGUGGGAAAAAAAGGGAAGAUACGAAGGCCCCCUUAUUUAUCCUCUGUUUUUGAAAACCCAGACCAGACGAUCAACUGGUAUUUUUUUGUGUUACUCGCCCUUAUUAUAAUGUGGUUUGAGGGUGGCUAGAAAGCUCUCCUUUGAAGUAUCGAAGUUCUCCUAGGUAUUGAAGUUAACGAACUAGUUCUUGAGGCAAAACUAGCCCAUGAUGGAAACUGCUUUACUCAAGCAGGGACCAUUUUGCUCAGCCAAAGAAACUAUUUUUAAACAAGAGAGAAACUAGAAAGACUUGCAAGGUGUUUAGGCGCAAAUGUUGUCAUCUGUACAAGCUACAUGUACAAGAUUUGAAUU